UGGGCAGUAAUGCAGGUAUCGUAGGGAUGACUAAGGAGCAUCUAGGUCUGGCCCUGGCCCUCAAUGUGCCUGUGUUCGUUGUGGUCACCAAGAUAGACAUGUGUCCUGCCAACAUCCUACAAGAGACGUUAAAGCUGCUCCAGAGGUUACUAAAGUCCCCAGGCUGCAGAAAGAUCCCUGUUCUGGUCCAAAACAAAGAUGACGUCAUCGUCACAGCCUCCAACUUCAGCUCUGAGAGGAUGUGUCCAAUCUUCCAGAUCUCCAAUGUGACAGGAGAGAACAUGGACCUGCUGAAGAUGUUCCUCAACCUGCUGUCUUCUAAAACCUCCUUCAGAGAAGACGAACCUGCAGAGUUCCAGAUAGAUGACACCUACUCAGUACCGGGUGUAGGCACAGUCGUUUCAGGGACUACUUUACGUGGAUUGAUACGUCUGAAUGACACAAUGCUGUUAGGCCCAGACCCACUGGGCAGUUUCCUCCCCAUUGCAGUCAAAUCUAUCCACAGGAAGAGGAUGCCAGUCAAGGAGGUGAGAGGUGGACAGACUGCCUCCUUCGCCCUCAAAAAGAUCAAGCGUUCAUCCAUAAGGAAAGGCAUGGUAAUGGUGUCCCCCAAGUUAAACCCACAGGCAUCAUGGGAAUUUAUGGCUGAGAUUCUGGUUCUGCACCACCCAACUACGAUAUCACCCCGCUACCAGGCCAUGGUGCACUGUGGCAGCAUCAGGCAGACAGCCACUAUCCUGACCAUGAACAGAGACUGUCUACGAACAGGGGACAAGGCAUCGGUCCACUUCCGCUUCAUCAAGACCCCCGAGUACCUCCACACGGACCAGAGACUGGUGUUCAGAGAGGGACGCACCAAGGCUGUGGGCACCAUCACCAAGCUGCUGCAGUCGACCAAUAAUUUGCCGUCAAACUUCAAACCCCCGCAAAUCAAAAUGCAGUCUACGAAAAAGGCCCCGUUCCGCAGAGAGGAUGGAGCCACGACAGCCAAUGGGAUCGAAACGAGCACAGCCCGACCAACAGUCCGCACCAAUUCACAACAACCG